CACCACUAGAGCGCCACCUACUGCCAGGAUGUGAAGGAGCCAGUUUGUUCGCUAACGCUGUCUUCUUCAACCUACGGCCAUUUUACACCUACAUACAAGAGUAAACUCCUGUAGAUUGCCUCAAAAGGAGUCUCCAAUUGCCUCCAAACUAUGUAAAGCCAAGAAGAUGGGACCCAAGCUAUUAGCCAUCUUCUGAACAAACUUUAAAUUUCUUUCAGUUGCAACAUUCAUUGAUUUGCAAAGAUUAUGAGGCCCCAACCACUGCCCUUGCAUUACACUGUUUGUAUAUUAUUGUUUAUUUGCGUGCCUCUAGCGGUGGGUAAUCUACCACAUUCACUGCCCUGGCACGUUUCCUGCCCAGUCCGCUGCGUUUGCCAAAUCAAGCCAUGGUUUUCCUUCGACUCCUUGUACCACGAGGCACCAACCGUGGACUGCAACGAUCUUUUACUAACCAAGCUUCCAUCACCUAUUCCCAAAAAUACACACACAUUAAGACUACAGAGUAAUCUUUUAUCAGAUUUGGACACCUCAACGUUGCAAAAGCUCCCAAACCUGACCGACCUUGACUUGUCGCAAAACCGUUUCAACCAUAUUCGAAUGAUAACGUCAGGUCCUCCAUUGAGGUAUUUGCUAGCAUUGCAUUUAGAAGAAAACCAUUUAAGCCACCUACCGGAUUCGUCUUUCCCAUCACUGCCAGUUUUGCAAGAAUUGUUUUUAAGCCACAAUAACUUGCAUACGAUUUCACCAGGAGCAUUUGCUGGCUUGGAUAACUUGCUUCGCUUGCAUAUCAAUAAUAAUAGACUGACCACAAUAGAUCCAAGAUGGUUCAAAGCAUUACCGAAGUUGGAGGUGCUAAUGCUAGGUGGAAAUCCGGUAGUAGCGUUACCGGAACAAGCUUUUAUAGCGCUGAAAUCUUUGCGGAGUCUUGUUCUUGGAGGCAUGGGCCUGCAAAAUCUAGCAGAGAAAGCGCUAGACGGUUUGGAUCAGCUAGAAAGCCUCUCUUUCUUUGACAACCAACUCACAAAAGUCCCUACUGCAGCCUUGCGAAGAGUUCCUGGUCUCAAAUUCCUCGAUCUUAACAAAAAUCGAAUAAAGUUGAUUCAAAAUGGUGAUUUCCGUGAUAUGGUGCAUCUUAAGGAGCUAGGUUUAAACAACAUGGAUGAUUUGGUUUCAAUUGAGAAAGGCGCCUUGGAAAAUUUACCAGAAUUGACCAAACUUGAAAUCACAAAUAAUCCACGUUUAUCCUACAUACACCCUCACGCGUUUCUUAAACUAACCCGACUCGAAAGUUUAAUGCUAAACUCAAACUCGCUUAGCGCUCUACACCACAAUAUCAUGCUAUCUUUGCCCAAUUUGCAGGAAGUUAGCUUACACUCCAAUCCAUUACGUUGCGAUUGUCUAUUCCGUUGGGCUGCCGAAGAAUCUCCUCAUCUUUAUAUCGACAAAGAUCAAACCGAUACCCAAACGCUUCGAGUUGUACGAUUUAUCCAACCGCAAGCCACACUUUGCUCCGAACCUCCAGAAUUGAGAUCGCGUAAAGUUAGGGAGGUAUCAACUCUAGAGAUGUCUGCGUCUUGCCUCCCGAUGAUCCCAUCAAACUCGCUCCCUUCCUACGCUGGUGUUAGAGAAAAUGGAAAACUCGUCUUGCAUUGCCGUGCCCUUGGAGAUCCCCAACCGGAAAUUUACUGGGUAACUCCUUCGGGGAUGAAACUGGGACCAAAUAAAUCAAAUUUGUGUCGCAAUUUUUCAAGAUCUAAUCAUAACUUUACUUCUAGCAAAAAUCAAGACAGCCAGAAUAGGUCGUUAUGCUAUCGUAACAAACACUACAAGUUACUUCCCGAGGGUACAUUAGAAAUUAGCAAGGUGACAUCUCACGAAGCUGGAUUGUACACUUGUAUUGCUGAAAAUAUUUUAGGUGCUGAUACAAGAAGCAUAACUGUUGGCGUGCAUGCUCGAGAAAGUCGUCGGAAAAAAGCUAAUUUGAAAGCGUUUUUGCGAGCAGAGGUUGCCAGAUUGGAGUUAAGGGAAGUUGGAGAACGCUACGCUAUCCUGUCCUGGCAAAAUGUACGUAACUUACCUUCAACACGCCUAUCGUGGCAAGCCAUAUACGCCAAUUUACACACACCAACUUACACGACAAGAAUCCUAGCUGGAACGCAAAGUUUCAAUCUAACGCAUUUGCAACCAGAGACGUUUUACAGAGUAUGUCUCCACCUAGGGGCCGCAGAUGAUACCAAGCGCGUUAGCAAAAGGGUGAGAACUGUUAGAAAACCUCAAUGCGUCACGUUUAGGACAAAAGAAGCCAACGAACCGGAAGCUAGUCUCGAGCUAAAACCAGAGUUGACAUCGACGGCUGUAACGCUCCUGCUGCUGGCGCUAAUUCUGCUAGCUUUAGCUGGGCAAAGCUUUGAGGCAGAGGGUCAGAAGGGUGAUCAUGUGAUGCUGCUGCAGGAAGUGAAAGGUCAUGUGAUCCAGGUCAAAGAAGAUAAAGGAGAAGAGGGGAGCGAGAAAGUGCCGUUGUGAUGGGUUUAACUGCGAAACAUGGCUUUAUACAGGAGGAUUUAUUAGCAUAUAUUUUGAUUACGUUUGACAACCUUAAAGAUGCACUAUGUAACUUUUCUGGUGGAGGACCUUCCAGCUUGUUGUCUCCAUGGAGAUGUUAUUGCUUUGCCUGGAUUGUUCCAAAUUAUGGUAUUAAACUUGUCUUUUUUCAAUUAGUGACUUUUUUUAUUGCUAAGAAAAACACCUCUCACCUCUCCACUGAUCUGACCUGUAACUUGGGAAUACCUAAAUUCCCACGACUACAGGUUCCCACAGCCCUGUUUUCUUAAAUUAGACAUUAGAUAUUUAGAUAUUAGAUAUUUUUUCAGCAUCUUAGGGGCCCAGAAUUGUACCCUCUUCCUAUAAAUUUAUAUUAGAGCGGGGCCCAUGUGAGGAUUGUUGCCCCGGGCCCCCAAAUUUCUGUCAACGGACCUGCUCCACCUUGACUCCUUGUAGAUAGUAAACUUAAUCCCAUAUGGUGGAACAUUUCAGGUAAAGCAAUAACAUUUCCGAGGUGGUGGUGGAAACUCCAUCUGAAAGUGAUUGGAUUAUGUUUAUUUAUUUUGUUUUCGAAUUUGAAAAAGUAAAUUGCCUAUUGAGUUGUAUAGGAUAUCGUUUGAGUUUGAGCUUUCGGGACAAUUUUUAUAUUCUAUAGGCAGCACAUAUUCACUAAAUCCUCCGAUAUAAAGCAAUGCAAUGCGGUCUAACUCUGCUGAAAAUGAUUGUGUUAUAUACAGAAUUACUGACACUACAUCCACUUACAUGAGACAACCUGGUGUGAAAACGUGAAAGAGAAAGAUUGUAAACCCAGCCAUGGUGUGUGGAUAUAUAGAUUUGUAUUUAUUUUCUAUACCAUACAAAGUAAAUAUAUAUUGUCAUCGUUUUUGUGUUUAAGUGUGUUGUACAGAAUUAAAAAUGGACAAUCACAGACACCGAAUUGAAGAUUGAAUCAAAAGACUUAUCUGAAAGCGGUUCGGACUCCAGGGUCAUCAUGGCGGCUACAACGUUUAAAGCUCAAAUGAAUUCCAGACUUUGGGACAAAAUUGCUGCUUAUUUUUGCAUUGUAAGCUAGUGAUUGGUGUGAACUUUUUGCUUUGCUUCCAGUCAGUAACAUGGGACAUUUCAAAACUAAACAGUACUGUGGAAAAGUUUAUUUAAAUACCAAUAUAUUUUAUUCACAGAUGCGCUACGUAACUUAUCCAUUCGAGGCCUGGAAUUUUCCAAAGUACGGCGUUAAACGUAUCUACCAUUUAUUUCAUUACAGUGCACAGUUAUUUUGUAUUGCUGAAAAAUAUCUUGAAAAACUUUGACCUGACCUGUAACUUGGUGUAGAGGCAUCACCUGCUUGUUUCCAUGGAGAUAGAUAGAUCAUUCUAGGCAACAUCUCCAUGGAGACAAGGACUUCGCCAUCCCUCCACCAAAAAAAGUUACACAGUACACCUUUAAUUUAUGAAUUAAGUAUAGUUUAAGAAGCUAGCCAUUGAUUAUGUGAUAUAUAUUUGUCAAAUCAUGGGUUUCUGUGUCCUGUUAAAGGCAGCAUUUUGGGGACUUUUCACUAUUCUAAAGGACAUUAUAUAAAAAAAACUAAAAAAAACAACAUAUGGCAACAGUCCUAAUUUUUUAUCAUUUUGAAACCCAUGGAUAGAAACAGCAUUGACUAGAAGUGGUACUGGGUAUUGGGUCAUAUAAACUUAUUUAACUACUUAUCUUAUUGCCAUUCUGUUUCCUCAUAAUAAACAUCUGAUUUUCACUAAAAUAUAUUAUUAUAGUUGCGAGAUAGGUCGCCUGCGCCUUGGCCGAGGUCUAACUAUAUUUUUAGUUUUUCUUUUGAGGAAGUUGUGUAUAUUUUUGUACAUCACAUCUGUCUUUCUUCAUCGCUCUGACUUUUGCACAGGACUGUUUAUACUCAUCCCAGAAGCAUAAUUUAAAGUGAUUGUGCUCAAGUCUAUUUUGAAACAUUAUCUAAUAAAAAAUUAAAU